GCCAUUACUUUGUUUUUUCAUCAUUCAUCACAAGCCCGUCUUGAGUAAUAUCUGUGUUGUAAGUUCUCUGCAAAGAGGCCAAAAGAGGAAAAAGAUGGCUGACAACUCUCAAAAAGCGAGCUUCAACGCUGGUGAAGCCAAGGGCCAAACUCAGGCCAAAGCAGAUCAGAUGAUGGACAAGGCAAGCAAUGCCUAUGAAUCAGCCAAAGAGUCAUGUCAAGAGGCUGGUCRACAAAUGCAGGCUAAGGCACAAGGGGCCACUGAUGCUAUCAAGGAUGCCACCGGGAUGAACAAGUGAAAAGUUCUUGCUUCAUAGAUGUUUUGGUUUUUGAUUUCUUGAUAUA